AUGGAUAAUAACCAGAAGAGCAUCAACGAUCUUCCUCUGGAGUUGUUCCAAGCAAUCUUAUUGAGGGUGCAGGCCAAAGAUCUAUUCCGUCUCAAGUUUGUUUCUAAGCUAUGGUUUUCUCUCAUCUCCGAUUCAAACUUCGUGGAAUUACAUCUUCACCACUCUUCCGGAUUCGCCCCUUCAUUCUUCUUCAACAAGAACAAUGAGGAGGCUCGCUUGGUUGACCUACAUGCACUAUACAAUGAAGGCAAUGAAAUUCUUCAUGCUGCAAUAGAAGAUGUCCCUCUCCCUUUUGGGAAUAAUAAGAAGGAACACGACCCCUACUAUUUUGUUGUUCUUGGAUCCUGCAGAGGAUUUGAUGCGAUUCUGUACGGUGUUGCUUAUGAUGCAUCAAAUGAUGAUUACUUGAUAGUAAUAGCUGUUAAGAGAUACCGCUUUGAUUGCUUUUCAUUGCGGACCAAUUCAUGGAUCAAAUUUAAUGCUGUAUUCCCCUUCCCCAUAUCUAUACUCAGGCAGUGUUUGUUUUACUCUCGGGGGUUGUUCUUUAAUGGAGCUAUACAUUGGUUGAUUAUUCACCGUAGCUAUUACAAAGCUAUGCUAAUCUUCGAUGCUAAAGAAAGGAGUUUCUCAACGAUAGCUCUGCCUGAAAAGGAACGUGUGGGGCCGGUGUCUGAUCUGGUGAUAUUAGGAGAGUGUCUAGCUUUAUAUUUCUCAUGCUACAAUAAUGGCAAGAAAACUAAGAUAUGGGUGAUGAAGGAAUAUAAAGUGCAGUCAUCUUGGACUCUCUAUGAGAUUCAUAACAUAUGUAUGAUUCCUCUGGCCUUAUCGUCCAAUGGCAGUGAUUUUAUUAUGCAAGAUACCAAAGGUGAUAAGAUCUACAAGUGUAAUCUUGAAGGAGAGUUGCUUCAAUGUUUUCAACUCUAUUCUGGUGUGAUUCACGGUGCCUUCUUUCGAAGGUGCACUGUGUAUACAGAGAGUCUCGCCACACUCCCCAACAACAUCUGA